AUGGCGGCGAUAUUAGAGGUUUUAAUCCUCACCGUCAUUAUGGGAGGAACCUCCUUCCUUGCCGGUCUCUUGCCCUUGAUGGUGACAUUACUGGCUCACAAGAUAUCAAUUGCUUCUCUUUUAAGUAUGGGGAUACUUGUGUCCACCUCUUUGGUGAUUGUAAUUCCGGAAGGAAUUGAAACGGUUUUAGACGAUGAUCUGUCUCCGGUAAACACGUAUGCCAUUGGAGUAUUCCUACUUGCUGGCUUCUUGACAAUGUACCUUUUGGAUCAUUUGGGCAGUAUAUCCGUUCUCAAGGGCUAUUAUCAUGUGUUCAACCGCCAUUCGUCAGAUGCUGACCUUGUAUCAUUUUCAACUGUAGUGUCGUCCAUCUUGCUGUCGCUGACAACCACCGGACUUGUAAUACAUGCAUUGGUAGACGGUAUAUCUCUUGGCUCUUCUUUCAUCAAAAUUAGCAAUUUCCAUUUGGUGAUCUUUUUCAGUAUAAUUAUCCACAAAGUUCCAACUUGUUUCAGUCUUACUACAAUUUUAAUUAAGGAGAAUUAUAACUUUUCUCUUAUAAAAUAUCAUCUGGCAGUUUUCGCUUUAACAUCUCCAAUUACUGCAAUUAUUACUUAUUUGAUCCUUAGCUUUGGUUCAAUUGGCGCACGAACUGUGGGGUAUAUGCUCUUGUAUAGUGCUGGGACUUUUCUUUACGUAGUCAUUCAUGUGAUGACAGAGACAUCUUCAAAUGACACUAAUCCAUUACCUCUCUCACAAGAGAGUGAAUCGACCAUCUAUCAGCAAGAGAGUAUGUCAACAGAAGAAUUUUUAGCAUCUAUAAUUGGUAUGUCUAUCCCAGUGAUAAUAGGAGGACUCUUUGGUGACCAUUGA